AAGAGGAUUGAAAUGUUAAAGAAAAAGUGAAAGAGAAAUAGAGAUAGAAGAGAGAGAAUCAGCGAGUGGCAAGUUAGAAUUAAUUUGGAAAUCCAUCAUCGCAGCUUGUUAGGAUUGGAGAUCUGUAAAAUUGCAAAUGGAGUCACCCAAGAGCAGCAGCAGCAGCAGCUGGCCAUGGAGGAAAAAGUCCUCUCAAACGCACACCCACGUUGCAACAGCUUCCCCAAAGCAGGGGACAGACACGGCAACGGCCAGUGGCAAUGAGAGAGGCUCCCAAAGUUUAUCUGAAAACAUGGUUAACAAAAAUCUCGUUCAACAGCAUGCUCAGAUUGCAGAAGAAGCUGUUUCAGGGAGGCAAAAGGCAGAGUCAGAUGGGGCAAGAUACAAGAAGCAGGUCGAAGAAGCCCUUGAGCAAAAGGCAGAUGCAGAGGAUCGACUUCACAAGUGUAUGAAAGAGAGAGAAGAGGAGGCAAUUAUGAGGCGCAAAGAGUGGGAUAAACUGAGAAUGGCAGCAGAGCAGCAACUGGUCGCAGCGGAGGCCGAAAACAGUGUUAUACUCACUUCUCUUCAAGAACGGGAUGCCACUCUUGCACUCCUGACCAAGGGGAAAGACAAAGCUGAAGCUCAACUUCAGUCUCUGUACGUCAAGAUGACUAGUUUGUUGAAAGAGAAUUCCAGAUUGAAAUACGAACUUCAUCUGCUCAACAAAGAGCAGCAGAUUCGGACUGAUGAUAAGUACACAAGACUGGAACAACUCAGACAUGUGACUCCCACCAAAAAUCUCACCAUGCCUGCUUCGACUCAUCCCAAAUCCUCCUCUGCUACAAGGAAAUAUGAUCCUCAAUUGGGCAGGAUUAGUGCCCAUGAUUUAUGCAAAGCACAGAAGCAGGGGAUUGAUGAAGUGCAUUCAAACAAAGAAAAGGUAUUUGAAACUCUUGAAUCUGAUCUUCAAGUCUUGAGAUCUGUUGGUUGUGAUGUGGAAGCCAAUUCAGGUGAUGCAGAUGAAGUAACUUGCGCUCAAUCAUUAGCAUCUGCCAUGAUUGCAGAGCUGGACCACUUUAGGAGGGAUAAGGCCUUAAUGCUCUUCGAUCACAAGUCCAUCGAUUUGGAUUUCCCCAACAUAGCCAUUGAAGAUCACUUGACUGAGAUUGAGAGUGUUGCUUCUUGUUCUGACCCAAACAAAACAUAUGACAGGAGAUCUCUGAAACAAGAAAUUGAGAUUCAGGCAGCAGACAGAAAAAAUUGGAGGUCACAAUAUGCAAGGGAUAUGAGUGACAGCAGUAUGAUUGUUUCUAAGUAUUGUAUGAGUAUUACUGAGAUAGUGAAGCUGGUUAAAGCUCUUGCUCAUCCAUUACUAUACUCAACCACGAAGAGCUUUUCUGACAACAAAUUCGUUCAAAGUAGCUCUGAAUUGAGCGAGUCCGAUUUACAGUUAAAUAUAGAAAAGCUUGAGGUAAUGAAGGAGAAAGCUGCGGAGUUAGGCGGUAGGAGUGUGUCAUGGGCAGCGGUGGAUUUUUUACAGGUGUUGGUCGGAGUUCUGAAUCGUCUAGUCAAAAUUGCAUUGUACAGAAAUGCCCAGAGAGAUGGAUGCUCCGAUGAAUGUGACGACGACGACGACGACGAUAUGAGUGGACUUGCUUCGGUUAGCCAAAAGAUUAACACUGCCUCUGCCUCCUUCAAUAACUUUCUAUCUCCUCCUUCAAAACUGGAUUUCAAUCGGGAAUCGACGCCUGCAAUUCGACAUGACAAAUUACCCACAAAGAUAGGAGAGAGUGAGAAUGAGCAAGUGAAGAGUUGGGAAUCUCCAUUUCCAUUAGUGGACAAGGACGCGAGUUUGGAGGGAGUGGGAGUGGGAGUGGGAGUGGUAUAUACUCCCAAACUGGUUGGAGGAGCUGGACAUGGACAUCCAUCUCUCAAUUCAAAGCAUCUCAUCACUCCAACUAAUAAUUCUUCUUCUUCUUCUUCUUCCAAGCUCUUUCACUUCAACUCCAACUACAUAAAGACUGCUAUUCGCUCUACCAUAUCCAAAACAAGGACUCAAUCAAGUGUUUCUUCAACUACAGCUCCAUCAUAUCCCCAUGUCAAGUCAAAACCUCCUAAUAAACUCCUCAACCGACUUCUUUCCUUCUCAUGAUUUCCAUAACUUAAAAGCAUUAUAUAUAAGUAGAGUAGAUUGGUUGAUUGAUGAUUGAGGGAAGUUAGUAUGCAUACUCCAUAUGCAAUCUAUAAUUCUAAGAGUGUAAACAUCAUUACUUUUUAUCAUGAAGGGGAAGAUUUUUUUAUUUUUAAAUUA